GCCGUCGUCGGGGCGUGGGCUUGCUUGUUUGUAUGGCUGAAGUUUAGCACAUUUGUUGUGGCCCAAAAAGAGCGACUGUUAACCGUUUCCGUUUCAGUUGUGCCCGUGCUCCCGAACACACAGCACUCGCCCAGGUAUACAACAGGCAAACUUGGUAGUAGAACAUUUUUGAAAAUGGGCGGAUUUCAGCAGAGACAAUGGACCCCUACCAAGAGACGUGGUCCGAUAGCAGCCGAAUUUUCCGGCCCCGGUCCGGCUGCCGUGGCUUUACCCACACUUGUAGGAAAUCUAGUACCAGAAUCUAAACGCGGACGUGGGCCCGCAUUUAGUUUUGGAGCCAGGCAUAACGAAAAAAACGAUAGCGCUGGACCUGGACCAGGGCAAUACAAUAUUACUGGAAUGAGCUCUAAAGGCAAAGACACGCCGCUCGCGGCCACGCUGCACUCCAGGCCCAAAGAGACGAGGGCGGACAACUACCCGGCGCCGGGCGACUACAACCUGGACAGGUCGGAGAAGGCGCUGCACGAGCACUCGCCCGAGUACACUUUCGGUCUGAAAACCCAAACGGACAAACCCAACCCGAACCCGGCGCCCAACGUGUACAACAUACCCACCGUGAUGGGCGCGGCCAAGGAGGGCCACUUCAGGGCGGCCCCGUCGUUCAGCAUAUCCGGCCGCACCAAGGACUUCCCGGACGGCAGGUUGUUGAAUCCGGGACCGGGAGCUUACAACGACGUAAGUGGAGAUAGUUUAAAACCCAAAUCGCCGGCGUACACGGUCAGCGCUAGGUACAAUACGCCCGGGGACAAUUCGCCGAGACCCGGCCCUGGCACUUAUUCACCGGAAAAGGUUCCAAUUGAUCUGCCACCGGCGCAUUCGUUCGGAAUCAAGCAUUCGCCGUACUCGCAUAGUUUUGGUAUCGGUUACUAAACGGAAAUACAAACAACUAUCUAUUUAACAAGUUUAGAUUAGCCUAACAAGAUAUUGCUUGAAAACAAUGUUGAUUUCAUAAAAAACAAGCGGGUUAUUAAAUUACAUUGUCAAAAUUGUUGUCGCAGUAAAAUGUACUAUUGUUGUUUUUAAAACGAAAUAGAAAACAUAUUGUAAAAGUGUUCAAAAAACUAACCAACGAAAAUUAAAAUAUAUCAGAUAUAAAAUUAACCUACCUUAUGUGUAACAUGGAACAAAUAAAACAGUUAUUGAACAUCUUAA